CCAUCACUUUAAGCAAGCCAGCCUGCAGACUUUAGCCAUCAAGACAGUUGAAUGCUGCAAAAAAUGAAUGGCACUGCAAAAGAAAGCACAACGGCCGAUUUAAAAAAAGAAACAGCUGAGGACUGCCGCAACAGGGAAACGUGACUUGACUCCCCACGGAGGAAAGCGCAGAGAGGGUGAGCUCCUUCUCCUUCAUUUGGAACCAGGAUACAAGUUGGAUGUGGACGAACUGUGAUUUUUUUUUUUUUUUUACGUAUAUAGGUCUGGAUUAAAUGUCGUUUUUUUGAGUAGAAGAAUUUUAAUUGUUUUGGAAGCCAACCCAAGACAUUGCCGCGGGUCCCGAAGCUGUUACGCAGAGGAGAACGCACGCUGGCUGAAAUUUAGAGAAAAUAAACUCCGCUUCUGUUUCAAGGACAGGAACCUCAGCGCAAAGACUGCAAUGAUAAUAUAGGUGGGCGACACACGUAUGUCUUAUUUUGUAAGCUUGACAGGUCAGCCGUGCGGGGACACGAACUAAACCUAACGCAAUGAACGCAUCUGGAUUAUUAACAACAGCUAUGCCAUUCAUGUUCCGCUCCACUAAAGUUAAUGUGCUGGACAUUUGCACGGUCCUCUCUGCUCUGGACUGCUGUAACUUUUCAGUGCUGCUUACAGCUUAAUUUGUGGCGCACCACUCAGGUGUACAUGUCUGAAGAAUGUCCCAUUUACUUGCAGGGAGCGCCAUAUAGAAAUAAUACAACACCUGGUGUUCCGGGUGGAUCAGCGUCAACACAGGCGCCAAUAUAAUCAUACGGACACGCCUUGGGGUUUGUCAAACAAAUCAGAUAAACGCAGCGCAAAAACGAUCGAUAGAAGUUAUUGAUGAGCUGGCAGGCCCAUAUAAGGCUAAUGAUUGGUUGAGCAUCUGUUUACUUAAUAGCUCCUGUGAAAGUUUCAUUCACUGCAGCCUUGGCAGCUUAGGGAUAUGGUGAGAGGAGAGAAUUAGAUUCCUGCCGUGAAAAAAAAAAUGCUGCUGUGUUUUGUCAUUUCAGUGAAGAUUUGAGGAGUAACUGCAUAUAAUUGGAAUAUUACGAAUGCUCUUCAAACUAGAAUGUCUGCUGCUUUUACUGUUACUGCUGCUGCAGGAUUCAUUCAUGAACUGGGCACUGUUUUUUGGCUGAGUUUGGAAGAACCCUUUUUGAAAUAUUGCUAGCAGGUCUUGUGUAAGGAUGAUGAUGACCAUUGGGGCAGGGAACGUAUGGAUUACCCAGCCUGUGGACGAGCUGGUGCCGAGACAGCCCACCUCUCCACCAGCUGCACUGUCUGUCUAACCCUAACCCCAUAGACACACAGCAGCUGCAGGCUGGGGAUGUGAUGGGGUGACUCUUGAUGCCCCCGUCACCCAGCCCCUCUCUCUCUUUACUGGCAGUGUAAUACGAACAAUGGAUCAGAAUUUCUCAACGGUCCGAGACGGCAAGCAGCUGCUACCCGAGAGAGACUCGUCCAAACGUGUCCUGACAGGAUGCUUCCUCUUCCUUCUCAUCCUCACCACAUUACUAGGCAACACACUCGUGUGUGCUGCUGUCACCAAGUUCCGACACUUGAGGUCGAAGGUCACCAACUUCUUUGUCAUCUCUCUGGCCAUCUCCGACCUUUUGGUAGCCAUCCUGGUGAUGCCAUGGAAGGCGGCGACAGAGAUCGUUGGGUUUUGGCCAUUUGGUGCAUUCUGCAAUGUUUGGGUGGCGUUUGACAUCAUGUGCUCCACAGCGUCCAUCUUGAACCUGUGUGUCAUUAGUGUGGACCGUUACUGGGCGAUCUCGAGCCCAUUCCGCUAUGAACGGAAGAUGACACCUAAAGUGGCGUGUCUGAUGAUCAGUGUGGCAUGGACCCUGUCGGUGCUCAUCUCCUUCAUUCCUGUGCAGUUAAACUGGCACAAAGCUCAGACCACUAGCUAUGCAGAGCUAAAUGGGACAUACCCCGGCGAUCUGCCCCCUGACAACUGCGAUUCCAGCCUUAACAGGACCUAUGCCAUCUCCUCUUCCCUCAUCAGCUUCUACAUACCUGUAGCCAUUAUGAUCGUCACCUACACCCGGAUCUACCGCAUUGCUCAGAAGCAGAUACGGAGAAUCUCUGCCCUGGAGCGAGCAGCUGAGAGUGCCAAAAACCGUCACAGCAGCAUGGGGAAUAGUUCAAACAUGGAGAGCGAGAGCUCAUUCAAAAUGUCAUUUAAACGAGAAACCAAAGUCUUAAAGACGCUGUCAGUGAUCAUGGGAGUGUUUGUGUGCUGCUGGCUGCCAUUUUUCAUCCUCAACUGUAUGGUUCCGUUCUGUGAGCCAAACUUGCCGAACGGUGCCACUGACUUCCCCUGUAUCAGCUCCACCACCUUUGAUGUGUUUGUGUGGUUUGGCUGGGCAAACUCAUCGCUCAACCCCAUCAUCUAUGCCUUCAAUGCCGACUUCCGCAAGGCCUUUUCCAUCCUCCUGGGCUGCCACCAGCUCUGCCCAGGGAGCAAUGCCAUUGAGAUUGUCAGCAUUAACAACAACAUGGCAGCCCCUACCUCUAACCCCAACAAUCAGUAUCAACCCAAGAGUCACAUCCCCAAGGAGGGUAACCAUUCAGCGAGCUUCGUGAUUCCCCACAGCAUCUUGUGUCAGGAGGAGGAGUUACAGAAGAAGGACGGAUGUGGAGGGGAGAUAGAGUUGGGGGUGGUAAACAAUGCCCUGGAGAAACUCUCCCCUGCCAUCUCUGGGAAUUUAGACAGCGAUACUGAGGUCACGCUGGAAAAGAUCAAUCCUAUAACGCAGAAUGGACAGCAUAAAGUCGUGUCAUGUUAAAACAGGCUCGGCUGGAUUGGAAUACGGUGCGGCAUGUAUGUACGCACAAAUGCGAGGGAAGGGAAGCUCACACAGGAAGACAGAAAAGGAAAGAGACAGACAUCUCUGAGAAUAUGCCUGACAGCAGAAUAGUGAAUGGGAUAUACUAAGAAUCACUGCGGGACCUUAAGACUGCCAACUAAAAUCUAUAUGGAAAAAAAAAACACAGAAUGUUUUAAAAGUGAAGGCACUUUAUCCUGGAUAUAUAACUAUCUGCAAAAUACCUUCAGCAUUUAUUAAUGAAAUUGACAGAUUUGCUGUUAAAUGUUCCCAAAUGUGAAUAUAAAAGCAGGACAUCCAGAUAUAUGCACAUGUAUACAUGUUUGGCAUUUACAAAUAUGUAUACAUCUGCAUGUGUGUACUGUACAGUUGACAGUGAUGUUGACAAUAUUGCAUAAGGACUUGAAUACAGUAUUUACAUUGGAGGAAGAUGUAGAAAUUAUUAGCAAAAUGUCUUGUAGUUAGGUGCUUUGUAUGUGUUUCAUACUCUUGACAGAAAUAACUACUUAGGCAAAUUGGGUUUGGCAAGGUAUUAUUAGUUGUUGAUUGCAGUAAUGAUAUUCUCUUUUCAGUAAAUUCCCCAUGCUAAUUUUACUGAGAAUUAAAAACACCCAGAAUGCUAAUUUAUUUUGAGAGAUAAAACCACUUGAGAACCCCAGAGUAACAAUGUUCUGAUCCAAACUAAAACAGACAGUAAUGGUGUAAAUAUAAUUAAAACUUCUAUUUUUGCACUUGUGACAAAUAGGUGCUGAGCCACAAGACAAGGAGUAAAAAUACACUUAAGUUUCAAUGCCGGAGGCUAAUUUGCUAUAUAUUCAUAAAUAUUUCAGCCCUUCCUCCUCAUACUCUUGCAGCACCUCCAGAUUCCCAGCAAACUUGAUCUACUCAGACGUCCAACUGAUGACUGUAUAUGUGUGUGUGUGAAAGAGAGAGCGAAAGUGUAAGGUGAGUGAAUGAGAGAUAUAUUAUCAUUAAGUCAAGUUUCAGGAUCCGCAUCAUGCCAUUCUUCAGUAGUAUCCUAUGGUAUACUAUCCUAGUAUAUUCUCAGAGUUGUCGCCCUGGACCCAUCAGGAGAGCGUGGCUCUCUGCUUCAGCUGGCUUGAAGCUUCCUCCAAUUUUCCUCCUCACCUGUCACCUUUACCUUUACCCUCCCUCUCUACAGCACCUGUCUUCAGUGAACCAUUUCUUCACCCACCUCUCCUUCUCUUUUUGCUUUUUCCCUCAGUCAGCAAAGUCUGUUGCUCCCUUGCUCUUCCCUACAUGUACCAUUGUCUGCUUCUACCUUCCCAUCUCUCUCAGUCAGCAAUUUCCCUUGGUUCCUACAUCCUCCUUUACUUUUUAAGUUUGUCCCUCUUCCCACUGUCUCCUGAGGCAGCCCUCGACUCAGAUUAGGUCGUCACAUACACAAUGGCACUAGUGAUUUUAUUGUGCCAUCAGUGCAUUCUUGAAAAACAACAGCGACAACAUUAUUACUGUUCAUGGACAGUGGAAGCAGAGCAGCAACAGCAGCAGCAGCAGUAGAGACCGUUCAACCGGAAUGCAAUUGACUCUUUGUGACCUUUUGCAAACUUGCAGAUAUCUGAUUUUGUAAAUUGCUCAUGCUGGGAGCCAUGCUGUGCUGUAGUGGCGAUGUGGAGCAUGCAGCGUGACAGUCCCUGUGUUUACAGAGGUGGGAGAGUUCAACACAAACCAUAUUGAUGAGGAUUUCCGCCAAGAUAUCUGGUGAUUUUAGCAUCUUCAUCUGCUAGAGCCAUGUUUUUUUUUUUUUUUUGUUUUGUUUUGUUUCCUCUCUCACAGUAACAAUUUUCCAAAUUGGGAACACACCACAAAUAAUUUAAAAUGACAAUUUUUUUUUCUUUACAAAAGGUAGUUGUAAAUAAGUCCCAAUUGCACAGCAGAAUUCCUGUAAAUGAGUUAGUGCUGUGAUUUAACGGCACAGACUGGCUUUAAGACACUGCUGCCAGAUGAAGCUUUUAAAUUGUAUUUUUUAAUACCUGACAAACAGGUUUUGUCAGAGUCCAGAUGUCCAUGGCUUAGCCCUUCUCCUGGCUCCAAUAAUUCUGAUAUUUUGCAGUUUUGCAUUCAAGUUUAUUGUUCAUUUUGUGUACGUCCAUUUAAACUGGAUAUUUGCCUCAGAGCCUCAGUGCAACAAAGCUGUGUAGCAUGCAAAAGUAGCAGGGCCAAACAUAAUUAGCUGGCUAGUGAGGCUCUGUACAACAAGGCUUCUGUGCUGGUCAUGGAUUCAUGACUAUAUAAUGUUGCUGGGUAAUGCACAAUAGCUUGAUUUCUGGCAUUGUAUCCUGAGUCUCUUCAUGUGCUGUGUCUGUCCAUGAAAGCAUGAAAUUGCUGUACAUCAGAGAAAGGGAAGAUUUGAUCCAAUAGAAAGCAAUUGGUCUUGAAAUACACAUUUGAUUUUCCUGCCCUGGAAAAUCCAAUGCUAUCUAGAUGGCAGGAAAGGGGAAAGCUUUUAGCUCAAUAUGUGGCUUGGCUUGUGACACAAAAGCAACUCAUUGUCCUUUCUGCCUCCCCAUCCUCAGUUGCUGCUCCAUCAGUUUUAAAGGGAUCAGUCUGAAUUAGGACAUGGGUGAAGUAUCUUUUAUUAUUCGUUUGAUUUACUUUCAGAUUGUUCAAAUUGUACGCUGUGUAAUCAUAUGCCAAAUGGGAAUUUACUUAUCCCCAUCAUCUUUUCAUAAUAUAACUUCUCAUUCUCUGACCCAUCUCUGUCAUUCAGUGACUCUCAACCAUAUCAGCUCAGCAUCCUUCCCGCUUCGCCCCUACCAGCUCCUCUUAAUUUAUUCUCUGAUUAUUCCCAAACACAAGUCAGCUGAAAUAUGCAGUAGCAUCUGAACUGCACAUAAUCUGUCAAGAUUGGACAUGGGAGGGAACUGCCUUGAGGAAAAUUUUGCUUCUCUCUCCCCUCCCUCCACUCCAGUUCAUCCUCUUCCUCAAUCCUUCUUCCUCCCCUCCGUUUCUCUCUCCCUCUCUCACCUCCUGGCUGGGUCUGUCGACUUGAUGAGCGAUGGUGAUGUUAACACAGAUAGAGUUUAUUAUUAAACAGACAUUGCUUACUGUUUCCUCUCAGCAGUUUGUGUCACAGUGCUGUAUCCUGCCACACCUGGCAAUACACAGCAGACUUUUUUGCAAAUACUAGUAUUAUUGUUAUUAUUAUAAUUGCUGUCGCCAAAAUACUUCCUUUUGGCUGAAUGUGGCUGUACUGUAGCUUAUGCUGUGAAUUAACCAGUGUUUUAUAAGCUGAAAAUUUAGGGGUUUCUUAUGGACAAUUUAAAGGAUUGGCAUUUGUAUGAGACAUACGGAGAUACAUUCUGCCACUAAUGAUGUUGUAACAUUAUUGGAAUUUACGAGUUUAAAAGAUGUGUUUCAUAUAGGCUCUAUGUAUAAAUUUAUAGAAACAUAAACGCAGCUGCAGUGAUCUACGCUGUAUUUUGGCUCCAUGAGUAAUUCACCAGUCCUCACCUUGUCAUGUUGGUGAGUCAUCUGUCCAGCUGCCACUGCUUUGAUACUGGAGAUGGGUGAUGUCUGGCAACAGUCCUACAAGCAAAAUGUUUUGUUUGAUCUGGACUGUUUCCUCCGGGCUGCCCUACAAGUUGCUUUGGGGAGUCGGUGACAGGACAUUGUUCUCUCAAUCUCUGCCUUGACACGACGGCUGACAACCUAAGCAAAUCUGACAGUGCAGAAUCCCUCCUUGACUGAUUGUGGGAAAGGGAUGCGGCAAAUGUGGGGUAGAAGAACAAUCCCUCCGUGGGUGCUGUAAAGGUGGCAGCCUUUUAAUGAUGGUGUUUGAAGCUAGUAAAACGGACUUAGGUUAAGAUGGAGUCCCUACCUCGACAUCAACUCAAUGACAUAACUUCAUGUAAAAAAUAAAUAAAUAAAUGGCAGUAUUUGUGUUGGGGUUCGCAGGGAUAGAGUAUUGUAUAAUGAUGUUCAAAAAUGUAGAUGUGAUGAACACAAGUGCUUUUUAUCUUCAAGAAAAUCCUUAAUGUGUGUAGCAAACUGUACAUGCUGUUUGUUCUUUCCAGUGUGGGAUUAUAAUUUAAAGGGGCACAACAGUCACUGAUGGUUUCUAUAUUUAUUUAUUUACAUGUCUCUGCUGUUCAGUCAUGAAAGUGAUGUCAAAGAUUAUAACCCUCCAGUUUAUUACAGUAUUUAGUUUACAGUUUGUACAAAAAUGUGCCCUUACUACUUGUAAAAUAAACAUGUAUGUAUUUUUUUUUCA